GUUGGUGUCGCACAUCACUACCUCCCCCCCAUAUAGGUCUCCUCCGGCCACCGUCCCUUCGCUCUCAAUCCACCUUCCUUCCCUUGCUUCUGCUCCUCCUCCUCCUCCUCACCACGGAACCUUUCCUAUAAAGACGGAUCCCCCAUUCAAUCCCUUCCCGCACCACCGAACCCCCCAAAUUAUAAAUUCACGGCACACUGUUGCUGCACCAUUCCUACCGGUCGACCCUAGCGAACGUCAUUCACAGCAGCUUCCUCAUCAGCCAUGUCGAAUCCGAAGAAACAGAUCCUCUACCCCAUCGCGACGAAGAAGCCACCGUACUCCCUCCAGGUGCCAGGCGUCGAGAAGAAGCCUGGUGAGGGAAUCCCGCGCCGUCACCCUCUUUCCAUCGAUGCCCUGACCACCACCCCCGAUCCCGAGGUCAAGACGCUCUACGACAUCGUCGUUCGCGGCGCGAAGAAGUACGGCGACUCGGAGUGCAUGGGCAGCAGACAGCUCAUCAAGACCCACACCGAGGAGAAGAAGGUGAAGAAGAUGGUGGACGGCGAGGAGCGCGAGGUCUCCAAGAACUGGACCUUCUACGAGAUGAGCGGCUACACUUGGAAGUCGUUCGUCCAGUACAAGGUGGCGGUGGACACAUGCGGAGCCGGCUUGAGGGCCCUAGGAUUGGUCGCGGCCGAUAGGGUGCACAUCUUCGCUGCUACAAGUCAGGAAUGGCUCACCAUGUCGCAUGGAUGCGCGUCGCAGUCCAUGCCGAUUGUCACCGCCUACGAUACCCUUGGCCAGGAGGGAUUGCAGCACUCGCUCGUCCAGACCGGCGCCAAGGCCAUCUUCCUGAACCCUCAUCUCCUCAAGAACCUGAUCAACCCCUUGAAAGCUGGUACCAACAUCAAAUACGUCAUCUACACAACCGAGUCGCCGCCCAAGCAGGAAGAUCUUGAUACGUUGAAGUCCGCGCACCCGGACUUGACGAUUCUCACCUACAAUGAAUUGAUGGAAAUGGGAAAGGCCAACCCCGUGGAUCCGGUUCUGCCCGAUCGCGAAGAUCUGUGCUGCAUCAUGUACACUUCCGGAUCCACCGGUACCCCGAAGGGUGUCCCUCUUUUGCACAGAAACGUAAUUGCCGCGGUUGCUGGUGUUACCACAAUCGUGGGUCCUCACAUCACUCCAGGCGACUUCGUCCUCAACUUCCUCCCCCUGGCACACAUCUUGGAACUCGUCUUUGAAAAUGCCAUCAUCGUGUGGGGUGCAGCGAUGGGCUACGGCAGCCCUCGUACUCUGUCCGACAAAGCCAUGAAGAACUGCAAGGGCGACAUUCGGGAGUUGCGACCAACAGUCCUCGUGGCGGUUCCAGCCGUUUGGGAAACCGUCAAGAAGGGUAUCAUGGACCAAGUUUCGAAGCUUCCCGGCUUCAAGCAGAAGAUGUUCUGGGGUGCAAUGUCACUCAAGGGCGCGUUGCUGCAGCUGGGACUCCCCGGUGUCGGUGUGAUCGAUAACGUGGUCUUCAAGAAGGUCAAGGAGGCGACAGGUGGGAGGAUGAGGAUCUGCAUGAACGGAGGUGGACCGGUUGCGAAGGAGACGCACCAUUUCAUCUCGAUGGCCAUCUGCCCUAUGAUCAUGGGUUACGGUCUGACCGAGACAGCCGCUAUGUGCUGUCUCAUGGACCCCACCGAGUGGGAUAACACCUCGCUCGGAAAUCUUACUUCUAGCGUCGAAGUCAAGCUGGUCGACUUUGCCGAAGCCGGAUAUCUCACCGAUAAUACCCCCGAACAGGGAGAAGUGUGGAUCCGCGGUGACUCGGUGGCCCCCAGCUACUACGACAACGAGGAGGAGACCAAGGCAGCAUUCGAGGAUGGCUGGUUCAAGACUGGCGAUAUCGGCGAGUGGGAUGCCAACGGACAUCUCAAGCUGAUUGACCGCAAGAAGAACUUGGUCAAGACUUUGAACGGAGAGUACAUUGCUCUGGAGAAGCUUGAGGCCGUCUACCGUUCGACUCCGGUCGUGCAGAACCUGCUCGUCUACGCCGACCAACAGCAGGCCAAGCCCGUCGCCGUCGUCUUCCCCAACGAACCGGUUCUCAAGGCCCUUGCCAAGGAGAACGGCAUUGCGGGCGACCACCUCGAGGAGCUCGUUCACAACCAGAAGCUGACAUCCAUCGUGUUGAACCAUCUCCUGACACAAGGCCGGAAGGGGGGGCUCAGCGGGAUGGAGAUGCUUCACGGAGUCGUGAUGACGGACGAGGAGUGGACGCCACAGAACGGCCUCGUCACAUCGGCACAAAAGCUGAACCGAAAGGGCAUCGUCAAGGCCCACGAGGAGGAGAUUAAGCGUGCGUACGCCAACAGCUCGCAAUGAUCUGGUUGAUUGAUGCCGGUGGGUGAGAGGGGGUAGCUUGAUGAUUUUGGAUGGACUGUUAAUGGUUGCUUUUCUUUUUGAUUCGUUUUUUUUUUAUUCUGUACGCUUGGGUCGUCGUUUUGUCGUCAUUGCGUGCGAAUUCAGCAACGCGCUACGUCUUUGGUUUGCUUAUUCCUUUCUACUGCUACUGCUGCUUCUGGUCUUGGAUCCACUCCACGUUUAUUCU